GGACCACCUACACACAGACUGUCCUGCGGCCAGUCCCCCUACACUGAAACGACAACAUGGGAGAGGAAAUACUGCAUCCUGACAGACAGCCAGCUGGUGCUGCUCAACAGGGAGAAAGAGGUGCCUAUCGAUGGGGUCCAGGAGCCGCAGGUGGAUGCUACCAAAGGGCGCUGCCUGCGCCGGACGGUGAGCGUCCCCUCCGAGGGCCAAUUCCCUGAGUACCCACCAGAGGGGGCCGCCAAACUGGAGGUCCCAGCAGAGAGAUCUCCUCGCAGACGGAGCAUCUCCGGGACCAGCACCUCUGAGAAAACCAACUCCAUGGAUGCUUCGAAUACUUCUCCUUUCAAAGUGCCAGGCUUCUUCAGUAAACGUCUGAAAGGGUCCAUCAAGAGGACAAAGAGUCAGUCAAAGUUGGACAGGAACACGAGUUUCCGUCUCCCAUCUCUCCGCAAUGCUGAUGACAGGUCACGUGGCUUGCCAAAGCUGAAAGAGUCCCGUUCCCAUGAGUCUUUACUGAGCCCAGGCAGCGCCGUGGAGGCCCUGGAUCUUGGGUCAGAAGAAAAAGUCUUUGUCAAACCACUUCACAGCAGCAUCCUUGGACAAGACUUCUGCUUUGAGGUAACCUACUCCAGUGGCAGUAAAUGCUUCAGUUGUUCCUCUGCAGCAGAGAGGGAUAAGUGGAUGGAAAACCUACGCCGAACAGUGCAACCGAAUAAGGACAACUGCCGUCGAGCUGAAAAUGUGCUCCGACUCUGGAUCAUUGAGGCAAAGGACCUGGCCCCCAAGAAGAAAUACUUCUGUGAGCUGUGCCUUGAUGACACUCUCUUUGCCCGCACCACCAGCAAAACAAAAGCAGAUAACAUUUUCUGGGGAGAGCACUUCGAGUUCUACGGUCUCCCACCUCUUCACAGCAUCACAGUUCACAUCUACAAGGACGUGGAGAAGAAGAAGAAAAAGGACAAGAACAAUUACGUAGGCCUGGUCAACAUUCCCAUGGCCAGUAUCACCGGUCGCCAGUUUGUGGAAAAAUGGUACCCAGUCAGCACGCCUACACCCAACAAAGGGAAAUCGGGGGGACCUUCCAUUCGGAUAAAGUCCCGUUAUCAGACCAUCACCAUCUUGCCCAUGGAGCAAUACAAAGAAUUUGCAGAGUUUGUUACCAGCAGCUACACUAUGUUGUGCUCUGUGCUGGAACCUGUGAUCAGCGUAAGGAAUAAGGAAGAGAUGGCUUGUGCUUUGGUGCACAUUCUUCAGAGCACUGGGAGAGCUAAGGACUUCUUGACGGAUUUGGUGAUGUCAGAGGUAGAUCGUUGUGGGGAGCAUGAUGUCUUGAUCUUCAGGGAGAACACGCUUGCUACCAAAGCUAUUGAGGAAUACCUAAAGUUGGUAGGGCAGAAGUAUCUUCACGAUGCACUAGGGGAGUUUAUCAAGGCUUUGUAUGAGUCAGAUGAAAACUGUGAAGUGGAUCCCAGCAAAUGUUCAUCCAGUGAAUUAACAGAUCAUCAGAGCAACCUGAAAAUGUGUUGUGAGCUGGCCUUCUGCAAGAUUAUCAAUUCUUACUGCGUGUUCCCUCGUGAGCUGAAGGAGGUAUUUGCAUCUUGGAAGCAGCAGUGCCUGAGCAGGGGCAAGCAGGACAUCAGUGAACGCCUGAUCAGUGCCUCCCUCUUCCUCCGCUUCCUGUGCCCCGCUAUCAUGUCUCCCAGCCUCUUUAGCCUCAUGCAGGAGUAUCCUGACGACCGGACAUCUCGCACACUCACACUUAUUGCUAAAGUCAUACAGAAUCUCGCCAAUUUUGCUAAGUUUGGUAAUAAGGAAGAGUAUAUGGCGUUCAUGAAUGACUUUUUAGAACACGAGUGGGGAGGAAUGAAGCGUUUUCUCCUGGAGAUCUCUAAUCCAGAUACCAUCUCAAACAUGCCUGGAUUUGAGGGCUACAUCGACCUGGGCAGAGAGCUCUCGGUUUUGCAUUCGCUCUUAUGGGAGGUUGUGUCCCAACUUGAUAAGGCGACCGUGGCAAAACUGGGACCUCUGCCUCGUAUUCUUGCCGAUAUCACCAAAUCAAUGACCAACCCUACACCGAUACAGCAGCAGCUGAGGCGUUUCACUGAGCACAGCUCUAGUCCAAACGUCAGUGGCAGUCUCUCCUCAGGGCUCCAGAAGAUAUUUGAGGACCCCACUGAUGGUGAUUUGCAUAAGCUGAAGUCUCCAACCCAGGACAACAGCAUGACUUACUCAGACAAAGAUGAAAGGGAAAGCAUGUUGCCCAACGGACGUAGCAUCUCUCUCAUGGACCUCCAGGAUCCUCACACAGCUCACAGUGACCACGCUUCUAUUAUGCACGAUGUGCCUUUGCGCUUGGCCGGCAGCCAGCUCUCUAUCACACAGGUGGCAAACGUCAAACAGCUUUGGGAAACUCAGAGCACCCCCCAGAGUGCUCCCCAAGUGAGAAGGCCUCUGCAUCCAGCUUUGAACCAACAGGGCAGCCUCCAGCCUCUGUCAUUCCAGAAUCCGGUUUACCAUCUCAACAACCCAACGCCGCCAAUGCCGAAGGCCUCUGUGGACUCCAGCCUGGAGAACCUGAGCACUGCCAGCUCCCGGAGCCGAAGCAACAGCGAAGACUUCAAACUUAGCGGACCCAGCAACAGCAGCAUGGAGGACUUCACCAAGCGCAGCACGCAGAGCGAGGACUUCUCCCGGCGCCACGCGGUCCCAGACAAACACAUCCCCAUCGCGCUGCCCCGCCAGAACAGCAGCAGCCAAGCGCAGAUCCGCAGAAUGGACCAAGCUGGGUUGGGGGCCAGGGCCAAAGCACCGCAGUCCUUGCCACACAGCGCUUCUUUGCGGAGCACGGGCAGCAUGUCGGGAGUGUCCGGAGCCAUGGUGGCUGAACCCAUUCAGAAUGGGAGCCGGUCCCGCCAGCAGUCCUCAUCCUCUAGAGAGAGCCCUGUCCCAAAGGUGAGGGCAAUUCAGAGGCAACAAACACAGCAGGUUCAGUCGCCUGUGGACUCCGCCACAAUGUCACCAGUGGAAAGGACAGCUGCGUGGGUUCUCAAUAAUGGACAAUACGAAGAAGUAGAGGAGGACACAGAGCAGAAUCCAGAUGAAGUCAAGCAUGCUGAGAAGUAUGAACAAGAGAUCGCGAAGCUGAAGGAGCGCCUGAAGGUGUCAAGCCGCCGGCUGGAGGAGUAUGAGCGGCGGCUCCUGGUGCAAGAGCAGCAAAUGCAGAAGCUGCUGAUGGAGUACAAGUCUAGGCUGGAAGACAGCGAGGAGAGACUGCGCAGGCAACAGGAAGAGAAGGACAGCCAGAUGAAAAGUAUCAUCAGCAGACUCAUGGCAGUUGAAGAGGAACUGAAGAAGGAUCAUGCAGAGAUGCAAGCUGUCAUCGAUGCAAAGCAGAAAAUAAUUGAUGCGCAGGAGAAGCGGAUCGUGUCCCUGGACUCUGCCAACACGCGGCUGAUGAGUGCCCUGACGCAAGUGAAGGAACGCUACAGCAUGCAAGUCCGCAAUGGCAUCUCCCCCACCAACCCCACCAAGCUUUCCAUCACGGAGAAUGGUGAAUUCAAAAACAGCAGCUGCUGA